CCUCUGAGCUCCAGCACCCUCUUCCGGCGGUACUUCUUGAAACCGCCGAAGACCCAGAUGCUUGCGCGUCGAUGAAACUCCGGAGAUGAGUGAAGAUGGAAGACCCUGCCGACGUAGUCCCCUGUUCCUCUCUCGCCGUGGAUUCCAUCCUCCGCUUCGGCACUGCAGGGGCAAUCUGGGGGUUGUGCUUGGGCCCCUAUGAUGCUUCGAAACUGGGUCUCACGGGCGUCCCUCGAGCUUCCUUUGUGGCAAAGUCUAUUGGCCAGAUCAGCUUCCAAUGUGGGCUUGUUGCUGGAAUUUUCAGCUCAACUAGGUGUGGUAUGCAAAGAUAUCGAAGACGGGAUGAUUGGGUGAAUAGUUGCAUUGGAGGAGCUAUCGCUGGUGCAGUCGUUGCAGCUGGAACAAGAAGCUGGACGCAGGUGAUUGGGAUGGCUUGUCUGGUUUCUGCUUUUAGUGCUGCUGCUGACAUUACGAGAACAAAUUGAAGGGUAACAUUCAAUGUGACAACUCAUUUUCUUUUUCAUGUCGAUUCUCAAACAAAAUAGAAAACUUGAGGAACCAAACUGUACUUAGGAAGUACUUUUAUGUAUGCCGAACAGUCAACAUGCAGCUCAUUAGGGAAGAAGCGAAAAAAAGUGGAGGCGAAAGGAGAGGAUAGAUUGGGGAUCUGUGGGAUUAAAACAUGACAGAGGAAGCUUUUUGUAUUAAUAAUCUUUUUUUUAAGGCAUUGUUCCCUUCAAGAAUCCAAA